GUCUAUUGAUUUCAUUGACCGAGUUUCCAAGUUAUCCCACGUAAGGUUUCUCUAAAUGAGAUAUUCUAUUAAAAAUUGAUUUUUCCGUGUUAAUUACAUUAACAAAGUGAAUACAAACGAUUUCAAAAAUGUGGCUCGACCAAGCGGAUGGGUUCGCGGAGAUUUUUCGCGGUUACCUUCCCUACUAUUUGCUGGUAGUUUUCCCGAUUUUCAUCAUUAUGUCGCCAGCUAACCCUGUGGCGGCUUCUCAUGAGUUUUCCGUGUACAGAAUGCAGCAAUACGACCUUCACACCGUUCCGCAUGGAUGUCGCAGUGCCAGCUUUAAUCUUGAAGGCAGGUCCCUAUCUUCAUGGAGCAUGUCUCGCCACUGUGUGGUUGCUCGCAUCCAGGAUAUCACCAUUGAUCAGUUUGUGGAGAUUCGGAACAAGGCUGGUGCGCUGUUGCUAGUGCUGCCUAAGAAUGAUACUUUACUGACGGAUGAACAGAUAGAGCACAUCAAACUCCUGGAAAUGGCAAUGAUGCAGCAAGAGAUCAGCAUCCCAGUAUACUUUGCCGAGUGGAGUCCCGACUUUGAGGAUAUCAUCAAAGACUUGCAGCACAGCUUCAUCACUGAUGACAAGUCAGGAACUGCCCUGGAAGCCAUGUUUAACACUGUGUCUUCUAAUGGCUACCAGAUUGUUGUGUCAAGUCCCACCCCUGCCAAGAUGGACACCAAACCAGUAACUCUUCACGGCAAGCUGGUGGGCCGUUCUGGAGCUGCACAAACCAUUGUCAUUGCUGCACAUUACGACUCUUCUAGUGUUAUUCCUGAGCUUUCAUUCGGUGCUGACUCAAACGCGUCAGGCGCAGUCGCGGUAUUGGAGCUAGCGCGUAUAUUCUCAAGGCUCUACUCCACCGCCGCGGUGCGUGGAGGGCCUACCUUAGUCUUUAUGCUGACAUCUACUGGGCACUCUCUUAAUUAUUUCGCCACGAAAAAAUGGUUGGAGGAACAUUUGGAUUCUGUGGAUGCUUCCUUGUUACAGGACAUCUCCUUCGUUAUGUGUCUAGACUCCAUUUCAUCUGGCCCGUUGACCAUGCACGUCUCCAAACCCCCGAAAGCAGGGUCUCCAGCGCAAUCCAUGAAGUCCCGGAUCGGAGCGCCGCUAGUACAUAAGAAGAUCAACUUGGCUGAUGAGUUACUGGCUUGGCAUCAUGAGAGAUUCAGUAUAAGACGGAUGACUGCAUUCACUCUUAGCUCAUUGCAGAGUUAUAAAGACCCAUCAAGAAAUACUCUACUGGACAGAUACUCGGAGAGUUCCUUCAGGAGCAUUGCUAAGAACAUAGCUACCACGGCGAGAGCGCUCGCGUCACACAUAUACAACCUCACUGAGGAAGAAAAUGACGAAGACUCCGCGCUGUAUGAUGAUGCUUUGAGCGUGGACGAGGCGUCAAUCAAGCACUGGUACAAGUUCCUAUCAACACAACCGAGGUCACCGCAGAUUAUCACUGCCACACCACCUAAUGGUGGGGUGACAGGAGCGCUAGAGCGAGCGUUAUCGCGAUAUAUGGAGGUGACGGUCACCUCACACGCGGUGGACAAGCGCGAGCCGGAGUACGCGCUGUACCCGCCCACCAGAGCCCAGCUCUUCGUUUAUAGUGUGAAGCCAGCAGUGUUCGACCUGAUCCUCACUCUGGCGAUCAUCGCGUACCUCUCCGUGGUAUACUUCGCGAUACAGCUGUUCCCGCGCUUCUACGAGGAGUACGCCAAGAUCGUCACCGGGAAACAGAAAAUUAAUUAGGGACAAGUUAUUUAUUUUAUUUAUAACUAGCUGAUGCCCGCAGCUUCGCCCGCGUGGAUUGGUCAGGUCCCCUGCAGCAUCAGGAUUGAGGAGUUGGACUCCAAAUUUUUUAAGAAACAAUGUC